AUGGCGCCCUCGACGUGUCCGUUGCUCGCCUCGAGCCGCGCGCUCAUUGACUCGUUGGGCUACAUCGACACCGAGUACAACUCCCCAUCAAGUCAGCAACAAGUGCAGGCGCAGAUCCGCGCGGAGAUGGCGACGUUCGCGCCGCCUGACGAUAAGUACUUGAGCUUCUUACCGUAUUCCUCGUCGUCGUCGUCGUCUUCUUUGCCGUCUUUUAGCGGUCACAGGCGGCUCCAGACAGAAUUUAAGCGCGUGAUGGCCAACGUGCCGCUCGACGCUAUUGAUAUGAAUCGGUACCAAGUGCGGGAGCCAACAGGGAAGCACAUGGCGAGUCUCGAAGCCUGGGAACAAGCGCUGAAGCAGCUCCAAGUGGCUGUCGAGCACGAAACAACGCGGGUCCUGAAUCUGGAGCUAUAUCAGAGCUUCGGUACCCCUUUAUUGAAAGUCCGAGCGGCGCUGCUGGACGGUAUGAAACAGCGGUACGCGCACGUGGUGCGGCAGACGAAACUCGGGUCGGAUAAAGUCAACCGAGCGCGACAGGACGCUCAAGCACGCAAUAGCGUUAAGCUGCAUAAGUACCAGCGCUCGCACAAUGAACUGCUCGAGAAAAACGCGUCCAUUAAGCGUGCGUGCGCCGAGAACGAGAAGCAGACACAGCAGAAGAAGACGAAGGUCGAGAUCGAGACGGCGUGA